AUGGGGAAUUUCUGUCAUUUCAUAGUAUUUCUAUCGACCGAUUCGUAGGUUGCCAGACCAAGUCCUUAAAUAAAAAUUUUUAGUCGUCGAUUUCGCGAAAAGAAAACGAAAAUGUCAAAAACUGAGUCGUCAAAGAAGAAAAAGAAGGAGACUUUUGAGAAAACGGAUGAUAAGAAGAAACAUGGUUCUGGUGAAAAAGUACAUUUGUUUUCUUUCUUGAUUAAAAAAUUCGAGCGAUAAAAUUCAGAUGAAGACAGAAGAUGAAAACGUUGCGAUAGCUGACGUGAGAACUCCCUUUUUUCAGACUGUAGCUGAGAUUUCAGAUUGACCCAAACAAGUUCACGAAAGACAUAAAGAAAGAAAAACGCGAAAGCUUCAAGGUCACCGAGUUCAUAGCCAAACAUUUCCGAGAUGGGAGUAAAAGCCAGGAGUACGAUGUGAGCUUUUCGCUGUGAGACCUGCGAAUUCUGCUCCUUUUAGGUUGACGAGAUCCAUCUUCUGCUGGAUUUGGUCGAUCAAGAAAUGCGGGCCGGACCCUCGUUAGUUGAAGUUAGUGCAACAAAGUAAAAUAUGGAAAAUGAAGCCUUAGAAAAAAAGCAGACUUGUGUGACGAUCAAAAGAGAAAGGCCUGGUUUUAUACGCUUGCAACCCUUUUUUAACGUGUUCGGAUAAAAAAUGAGGAAAUUUUUCAUACCACGGAACUUUGGUAGAAAGAUUAAGAUAGUGCAAGAUGUUGGUCUCCGCAAACUUAAUUUCAAUGCUUAGGGUCCGCGAGCCAUUUCUUCAAAACGAUUCAAAAAAUAUGUUUUUCACACUCUUCGAUAGAGGAGACUGUCCAUUUUCAUAAUCCGUUUAGUUUUUGAAAAAAGGUCCACUAAGAAAAAAGUUAUGGCCAGAAAACUAGCGCGCGCGGCGUACAACUGGAGGCAAAAUCUCACGGUUUACCCGCUGCCGCACGCUUUCUUUUUAAUUGUUUUUGUGCGUUUCUGGACCGUUUUUGAAUCGGUUUUCUGUUCUGAGAGGUUGUCCGGACUGAGCCUCAUGUUUUGGUAUAGAUCUUUUGUAUAACUCUCAUAAGAAUUUUUUUACAAAAAUAUCAAAAAAACUACUUAGAAAAAAAGGUCAGAAGGAAUUUUUCAACUUAUUUUUUUCUUUUUUUCUAAUCAGAAAAAAAUUAUUAUCAUUUAGUUUGGAAAAAAGAAAAAAAUGAAAAAAAUAAUGUUAUUUCGAAAUAAAAACAGGAAAAAGUGCAAUUUGACUCCGAAAAAAACGGCUCCUGCAACAUUUAAAAUGGCGCAUUGGUGUGUUUGACGCAAACACAGCUACGAAUGCUUGCACGAAUUCUUCCAAAAAUUUCAAAAAAAGUUGCCAUUUUUUUCGAGGGUUUUUCAAAGCCGUUAUUUUUUUCGCGUCGUUAGAUUUUUCAUAAUUUUUUUCAUUGAUAGAGUUUUUGAACGCUUAAUAACAUAAGCAAAAAAAUAUAGACGCGAUCCUAUUCUCUCAUGCGUCAACGAGGCAGGCGAAAAAAAGGAGGUUUUGGUAAAAUUCAAAUAUAAUUUAAUUCGCUGUCCCAAUAAUUAAUUUCAUUCUAAAUUUUUAUUUUUGAACACAUUGUGAGUUUUUAAAUCAAAUAAAAAGUAUACCAUGUCGCUGAAAUUUUUUCGCAUUUCAGCUUCAAAGUUUGGUGUCACUUUACAAGCUUUAAUAUUUUUUUCGCGUCGUUAGAUUUUUUAAAAUUUUUACUCGAAAAAUAAAGAAAGUGUUAAUAUAUAACAUGCUCAAAAUUUAGAAGCGUUCCUAACUUGGUUUUCUGAAACGCGACGAUUUUGUGAAACUUGUCAGUUUUUUUCGUGUUAAAUCUUACUUUUUCGCUUAUUUUUGAAAAAUACAUAGUUUUAAAAAUAUUCAGUCUUGUAGAGCGUUGUCGAUUACAUAGAUUAACAGAAACAGUUCAUUUUUUUAAAGUGGGACUUUAGCUUGUAUAAACGCCUCAAAACCGUUUCUGCAACAAAAAAAUCGUCAUUUUGGUGGCAUGAAGGGGCGGGGCUUUGCGCCCCCUAUCAAUGCUUCUAGCCGAUCGUGGUAUGAAAUUUUCGAAAUUUAUUUGGCAUUUCAAUUUUUCUUCAAUCUGAUUUUAGUGUCAUUUGUCUCAAUUUAUUCUAAGUUUGAACUAUAAUUCAAAGAAAAUUUUGUUAAGUUUACAAGUUGCUCAAAGAGAAGACUCUCUGCUGAAUCAUGGAAGAAUUGAAGAAUUUUUGGUCGGUUCGCGGAGCUGUCGUUGAUCAAGAACAGCGCGUAGAACAUUUUGCCCUUCUUGAGAUAGUUGUAGACGAGUUUUGAGCGUUCCGACGGCCAGCUGUUUCUUCAUGUUCCUACAAUCCAAUAUUAAACGUUUCUAGAAGAGAAAGAAGUUAACUUACAAGGGGUUUUUUUUUUCUAAGGAUAAGGUAGGUCCGCAAGCCAUUUCUUCAGAACGAUUCAAAAAAUAUGUUUUUCACAUUGUUCGAUAGAGGAGACUGUCCAUUUUCAUAAUCCGUUCAGUUUUUGAAAAAAGGUUCACUAAGAAAAAAGUUAUGGCCAAAAAACGAGCGCGCGCGGCGUACAACUGGAGGCAAAAUCUCACGGUUUACCCGCUGCCGCACGCUUUCUUUUUAAAUGUUUUUUUGCGCGUUUCUGGACCGUUUUUUUAAAUCGGUUUUUCUGUUCUGAGAGGUUGUCCGAACUGAGCCUCAUGUUUUGGUAUGAAUCUUUUGUACAAUCCUCAUAAGAAUUUUUUUGAUAAAAUAUCAAAAAAACUACCUAGAAAAAAAGGUCAAAGGGAUUUUUUUCAGCUUAUUUUUUUCUUUUUUUCUACUCAGAAAAAAAUUAUUAUCAUUCGAUUUGGAAAAAAAGAAAAAAAUGAAAAAAACAAUGUUAUUUCGAAAUAAAAACAGGAAAAAAAGUACAAUUUGACUCCGAAAAAAACGGCUCCUGCGACAUUUAAAAGGGCGCAUCGGUGUGUUUGACGCAAACACUGCUACGGACGUUUGCACGAAAUCUUCCGAAAUUUCAAAAAAAUUGCCAUUUUUUUCGAGGUUUUUCAAACCCGUUAUUUUUUUCGCGUCGAUCGAUUUUUUUCAUAAUUUUUUUUCAUUUGAUAGAGUUUUUGAACGCUUAAUAACAUAAUCAAAAAAAUAUAGACGCGAUCCUAUUCUCUCAUGCGUCAACGAGGCAGGCGAAAAAAGGAGGUUUUGGUAAAACUCAAAUAUAAUUUGAUUCGCUGUCCCAAUAAUUAUUUUCAUUUUGAAUUUUUUUAUUUUUUUGGACACACUGUUAGUUUUUUUAAAAUCAAAUAAAAAAAGUAUACCAUGUCGCUGAAGUUUUUUCGCAUUUCAGCUUCAAAGUUUGUGUCACUUUACAAGCUUUAAUAUUUUUUUCGCGUCGGUAGAUUUCUAAAAAUUUAGAAGCGUUCCUCACUUGGUUUUCUGAAACGCGACGAUUUUGUGAAACUUGUCAGUUUUUUUCGUGUUAAAUCUUACUUUUUUUCGCUUAUUUUUUUGAAAAAAAUACAUAGUUUUAAAAAAAUAUUCAGUCUUGUAGAGCGUUGUCGAUUACAUAGGUUUUCAGAAACAGUUGAUUUUUAAAGUGAGACUUUAGCUAGUAUAAACGCCUCAAAACCGUUUUUGCAACAAAAAAUCGUCAUUUUGGUGGCGUGAAGGGGCGGGGCUUUGCGCCCCCUAGGAUAAGGAAAUCCGGUAGCUUGUGCAAUUAAAAUAUACUUGUGAAAUAUUUCAGGUGAGAGCGCCGAUAAACGUGUGUGGCGACGUGCACGGCCAAUACUCGGAUCUUAUGAGGAUUUUCAAGGUAAAAGUCACCGGAAUCUCUGUUUCACCUCUGGAUCCACAGACGUGUGGCAAGCCGAUGACACAGAAGUACCUGUUCCUGGGAGACUACGUGGACCGGGGACGACACUCUUUGGAGGUGAUCUGUCUGUUGUUCGCCCUUCGAGUCCAACUCCCCAAAAAGGUCUUCCUUCUACGCGGCAACCACGAGAUCGUCUCCAUCAACAAGUUCGCCCCGCUGCAGUUCCCCCACAGAAACUUGCCAGGUCGUACGGAUUCGAGGGCGAGCUCAAAAUGCGGUACAAGAGUCGCGCUUUCGAGCUCCACGAGCACUUCAACAACGUCUUCGCCUACAUGCCUCUCGCUGGACUCAUCCACGGCCGGAUUCUCUGCAUGCACGGAGGUGGAAAUACUUCUGGUGCUCAUUGAAAGGACAUUUCAGGACUUUCCCCACAGCUGAACAGUUUUGACGAUAUUCGAAAGAUUGAAAGACCUCUGAAACACGUCAAAAGAUGCGUAAGUUCUUUUCAAAGUUUCAUUUGACUUGAAAAAUCUUCCAUUCAACGACAUUACAUGGUUGAUGGUCAAGUAAUUUUUGAAUGUCUAUUGAGAAUUCCAGUAAGAGCCUUAGAAGGACCCCUCAUUUGAGCAAGGGACAAUAACUUGAAAACUGAAUUUCGUGAUGUGAACGGAAAAGUCUUUGGCGGCUCUGUUCAUGUGGUGGAUCUUCAGCCUCUUGCACAAGACUUACUCUGGGCGGAUCCAGAGCCGGGCGUCCAGGGCUACAAAAGAAACGCCAUACGAGCAGUGUCGCACAUCUUCGGCGAAGACGCCGUUCACGAAAUGUGCAAGCGGCUCAACAUCGACUUGAUCAUCCGAGCUCAUCAGGUUCUGUCGUUCUUCAGAAGUCUCCAAAAAAGAAAGAGCUUUUAAAACGAUUCUUUGUGAAACUUUUUUCGUUUUAGAUCUUCUAAGACGAUAUCUUUUUAAUGAUAAGUUAAGCCAACUGCAACAAGACCGCGACGCUUUGAACCAAUCCAAAUGUGACCGUUCCGAGUUCAAAAGACUUCCCAUGGGAAACAAAGCCAACAGCGCUAAUUGAAUCUUCUUGCAACGCGGCUUUUCUUCUUUGCCUAGUCUAUCAAAUUCCAGGUAGUCGAGUAUGGAUACGCUUUCUUUGCCAAGAAGUCCCUUCUAACUGUUUUCUCCGCUUCUCGGUACCACGAAGAGUUACACAACUACGCCGCCGUUGUCAAGGUUCGCCAUGAGAGACUUUUUCUUCGCCUUUUUGUUUACCUGGCAUUUCAGGUGAAUGCUGACCUCGAACUGACAUUUGCGCAGUUGAAACCGCUCGAAUUCGAGUGGUACCGGGAUGAGAAAAAGAAGAAUGGGGUUAGAAUUUCGAACUUGUUCUUUGAACGCAGCCCAAAGAUCAUUUCAAACCUUUUUCUGAUGUUUCAGGAAACAGGAGAUGAUGAACAGGUCACAAGCAACGAGGCAACAACAGAUAGAAAAGAAAAAGAAGCGAAAUAA